GAGGCUGAUUGGAUGAAGGCGUCCUCGUCUCAGUCUGAUUUCACCACCUCUGCCCGCGGUGCGUGAGACGCUCGGCUCAGCAGAGGAGGAAGUGGCCGGGGCUCUGACCUCAAAACAGGAAGUGACAGGCAACACUGAAGUGCUUGUUCGCAGCAGACUCCCAAGAGACACGUUGGCACCUGAUGUUAACACAACUAAUAGUUUCACUCGGACCAGCCUGGAAACGAUCAGCGCUCAUCCACACGGAACCUUUACUGCACAUGUUCAACUUUCAGUAUCAAGAAGAAGAAAUAAUUAUAAUUAUUGGGAUACAACAUGGACGACCCGGCUGACACCACAGGGCUGUGAACUCGUGGAUCAGCUGUUCUCUCCUGACUUCACGUGGAGUCGUGGGACUUUUCUACUCGACCUGUUUGUCUGUGACUCAAAGUUCACUUCAAUUAUCUGCUGGUGAAGAUCACAAGGGACCAAAUCUUUCCAAAAAUGGAGACACUUACCCAGGAUUCCAUUCUGGAGUGCCAGAUCUGCUUCAACUACUACAGCCCCCGGCGGCGGCCCAAGCUGCUGGACUGCCGGCACACGUGCUGCUCGGUGUGUCUGACCCAGAUGCGCAGCACCCAGAAGGAGAUCCGCUGUCCUUGGUGUCGCGGCGUCACCAAGCUGCCGCCGGGCCUGUCCGUCUCCCAGCUCCCGGACGACCCGGACGUCAUCACGGUCAUCGCCAUCCCUCACGCCUCGGAGCACACGCCCGUCUUCAUCCGCCUGCCCAGCAACGGCUGCUACAUGCUGCCCCUGCCCCUCGCCAAGGAGCGGGGGCUGGGCCUGCCGGGGGAGCUGGGCUGCCGCUUCCUGCCCGGCGGCCAGCAGAAGGGGGUCACGGUGCUGACCAUGCCCGAGCAGCAGCCCCUGGGCCUGGCUAUGGGUCUGGAGGCCGUGGGGAUGGACGGCGGCGACAUGGAGAGGAGGGUCACGGGCCCGGUGGGAGGAGCCGGGAAGGGCUCCACGUGGUCCGGCGUGUGCACGGUGAUCCUGGUGGCCUGCGUGCUGCUCUUCCUGCUGGGCAUCGUGCUGCACAACAUGUCCUGCAUCUCCAAGCGCUUCACGGUCAUCUCCUGCGGCUGAGGGCGGGGGGGGGGAGGCUGCUCGGGCUGACGCAGGACCCCCAAACACCCCCCCCACCCACCUAACCACCCUGGAUUCCCCCACCGGCCCGGUGCGUCUCCUCGAGGCCGGACACCGGAGUGAACUCACAUCCCGGAAGUCCGAGGAAACGACAGAGAGAAUCUUAACGCUCCUUGUUCCUCGAGACUAAAUGGAAAAUACAUUUGAGACAUUUUGAAAGAACGUUUGACGGAUUACUUCUUCCUGGUUCUGGUCAGCUGAUUGGUUUCCCUCCCGGCUGAUUGGCUGUGUCUGACCCAGUGGGAUUGCCUGUUUAGUUUGUGGUCUGUAGAAGUCCAUCAGUUGUCGUCGUGUUGUGUAGAUGAGUCGUAGGUUCUGAGCUGGUGUCCGGACUCGGCCGCUCUCUGUUCUCCGAUGCAGGAUCCACAUUCAGUUACUGAAAACUGGGAAUCACUGAAAAGAAAGAAAAACAAAUCAACACAACUUUUUACUUCAUCUCUUUUUGUUAGAAACAGGUUCGUCAAAAAAUACAGUGGAUUGUGGAUUGUGAUGUUGGUUCGUGCCCGAGGAUCAUAAAGACACAGGGUUUGAGUUUGAGAUUUGUGAAUCAGAACAAGUGUGUGUUGGUAAACGAUUGAUAAAAGGAAAACUGUCAAUUCCAGUGGCACAGUUAAAUUAAUAUAUUUGUCUGCUUGAAAAGAAAAACGUGCAUUUUGUCCUCAGAACUCACAGAUGUCACAAUUUUCCGACUUAACCAUCGUUUAUUAUAAUAAUCAUGGUCGUGCAGGAUGCUAACUGCCAAAAGUCCACAGGCUGUCUCACAAAGACAUGUCUCAAAAUACUUAGAAUUGGUGAACUUGCAACAACUUCAAAAAGAAACGUUCGACACAAACCACAACUUAAAAAUUUUAAAUUUUUAAAAGGUUCCAAAGUGAAAUACGUGCACAUUUUAGCACAUUUGGAUAUUUAAUCAGUUUCCCCUUGAUUUCUUUCUUAAAGCUAAGCUAAGCUAAUAGCUCAGAAUUGUGCUGCUGUUUUUCUUUUUCGAACUUGUUGCGAGAAAAGCCAAUAAACCAAAAUGUUGAGAAUAUUCCUGAAAGGUUCAGUGUGUUGAAGAUUUAGGUGAAAAUGAUCUUUUGGCAAAAACUGAAUAUUAAAUUAUACUAGUGAUGUUUCACUCGUGUGUUUCAUCUCAAUGGUACAACUUGUUGAAAAUGGGCCCUUUAAGUUUUAAUACUUUAUAUUUACAUCGGAAGGUGAGGGGUAUUUAAAUGCAAUAUGACACUUCACCACUAGAUGUCACUAUAUUCUACACACUGAACCUUUAAAAAUAAAACGAAUCUAAAUUUAACACAGACACAUUUUCUUUCACUUUUGUUGUACUUUUCGUCCGUUUUUCUGAUUUCCCACGAUUUCGUAUUCGACCUCUUUCACACCAGUCGUCCUCUGGAGCCUCCGCCCGCCCCCCCGCACAUCAUCGACUCGACAUGCGAGUAGCGGGUCAGCGGCGGGGGGGGAGUGGGCGGGCGCCGCAGCUAACGAGGGACGUAUUGAUUGAUGUGGGUUCGAACCCCUCGUGCACAGAGCUGGACGUGUGCGUUGUGUGUUUUCACUCUCACGUGUGGACCAACACUUUGUUUACAGCGUGGUUGUACAGCGCUAACAAACAGGGUGAACUCUUUUGUACAGCAGCCUCGUCGUGUACAGAGCGAUUGUAACUUUCUCUGAUGAUUUUGUCUUUUUUUCGUGGACGUGUCUCGUACGAUGGGAGACGAGUGAGAGACACACAGAGUGAGAGACACUGAGUGAGAGACACUGAGUGAGAGACACACAGAGUGAGAGACACACCGAGUGAGAGACACUGAGUGAGAGACACACUGAGUGAGAGACACACUGAGUGAGAGACACACAGAGUGAGAGACACACAGAGUGAGAGACACACAGAGUGAGAGACACACCGAGUGAGAGACACACAGAGUGAGAGACACACUGAGUGAGAGACACACUGAGUGAGAGACACACAGAGUGAGAGACACACUGAGUGAGAGACACACUGAGUGAGAGACACUGAGUGAGAGACACACAGAGUGAGAGACACACAGAGUGAGAGACACACUGAGUGAGAGACACACUGAGUGAGAGACACACUGAGUGAGAGACACUGAGUGAGACACACUGAGUGAGAGACACACGAGGAAAGACCGUUUUAACAAGUGUUUAAAUAAACUGCACCAAAAUGUUAUAAAUAAAUAUUCUUGUUCAUUGAAAAAAUAACUUUUCUUCUCUUUUUGAUAUUGUUCUGCUCGUUUUCUUUUCAUCGACUUAAACAGUUUCUUCUCUCAAGAAUUGUUUCCCUCCAUUUUGUUAAAGUUUGGUUUAAUAUGAUUUGGUUCGACGUCCCGUGACAUCUUUCAAAAUAAAAGUAUCUGCCGCCAAAGCAGAUUCUGACGUGUUCACACCAGAGAGUCUGAAUUCAUGUGUUUGUCCCAUAGUUUCAUUUUGAUCAACUUCCUGUGUUUUCAAUCUGCAAACCAACAGACCCGGGGUUCAGUUGGAUCCGGAUCCAGAUCUCUUCUGGGUCUGGAUCCCACAGACCCGUGGUUCAGUUGGAUCCGGACCCAGAAGAGAUCUGGGUCCGGAUCCAAUAUCCAAUAUUCUCCGUGGUUCAGUUGGUUUCCGACCAAGAUCCCCUCUUGGUCUGGAUCCAACAGACCCGUGGUUCAGUUGGAUCCGGACCCAGAUCUCUUCUGGAUCUGGAUCCAACAGACCCGGGGUUCAGUUGGAUCCAGAUCCAGAUCUCUUCUGGUCUGAGGAACCGUUCACACCUGAGGUUCAGGUUCAGACUGAACUGAAGAGUCUGAAGCUCUGAACCGAACCAGGUGUGAACGCUUCCUGAGAGUCUGGGACACAGGAUCUUAUCAAAUUAAGAAUUUAUAUAUUUAUCCGUUUUGUAGCUGGAAGUUUUCCUGCAGAUGAAUUUUAAAAAGGAGUCUGAGCCUCAGCAUCGUUCAGCUGCUUCUGUUGCUACGAGACGUUUGAAGUCGCUGCUGAAAGUUGAAAUAUUUUUAUCUCGAGGCUUCGAGCUCCAGAAACAUGAUUUCUCAGCAACUGAGGUUGAAGUGUUUUUUCUUUCCCGGCUCGGUUUCACCCCAUAUAAUAAAAGAUUCAUGAAUAUUCUUCUCGGACCUCUCGUGGUGUGACAUGUCAGUUUUUAUUAUUCGUACGACUUCAAUAAAACAUUCUUCGUUUUAAACGACUUCUUUAUUAAUGCUUUGAUAAUGUUUUAUAGUUCUGUAAUAAGCCAUUUAAGUGAUUUUAGGUUCUCAGGUUGAGGAAGGUUUCCCCUGGUGUUCAUCAUCCUCUAUCAACUCACUUCAUCAUAAUGAUGCACAUCAUUAAUGUGACAUUAUUGAUCUGUAAAGUUUUGAUUAAUGUUUAUUGAUAAGCCAUUAAUUACUACAAACCCCUGAUGAGCAAUACACACAUGUUCAAUCAAUGCUUUACAACACGUCACUGUUUUGUAAUGUGUUUAUUAAUGCUGAGUAUUCUGGAUUCAAUCUGUGAUGCUCACAACACUGAAAUAUAUGAAAGAAGUUUUACUUGCAGUGUAAUACUUAUAAUUUGAUAUUGAAACUCAACGACCAGGACAAAUAAAACCAGAACCGAUAAAUCCAGCGCUGUGUGAGAAAGUUCAGAAGCAGCAAAGAUAUGAACACCUUUAAAGAUCGGGUUGGUAGUUUCUGAAAACAACUCUUCACGUCUCAAUAAAUAAAGUCGUCUGAAAUAAUAAGCAUUUAAUUAAAUGUAAGAAAUUGGAGCAGAACUGGAUCCAAACCCACCACAGCCAUUCAAACCAGUCUCAGUGUUCAAUAAACCAGAUUUAAGUCGUUUACCUUCAUGAAUAAGACACGUUAUGUGAUGCAAUAGAUUAUGGGGCUAAUAUACGGGGCUAUUAUCUUAUAUUGUUUGUAUUUGUGUGAUUUUAUCAUUGAAUGAAGGCAAAUGCUGUAAAAAUUCUGUUCUGCACCAAAGGAGUUAAGGGAUAAAGUUGAACUCUUCAGAGAUCAGUGAAGGUCAAUGUUCGACCUCUGAGUCUCAACAUCUGUAAAACCUCUGUCCUCUGUCGUAGGUGUUUUAUAAAUUCAGAAUCUGUCCUGUUGGAAUGUUUUAUACCGAAACUUAACGAUGACUAGAAGAAGAAGAAGAAGAAGAAGAAGAGAAAGGAGAGAGGAGGUAGAGCGGAGGUUUGUCGUUUCUGUGGCUGUGUGUUUGUGAAGUCCACUUCCUGUUGUAGUUUCCUGCUCAGAUGUUUCUGAUGAACUAUUAAAGCAAACUGCUCUGGAUCUGAAA